AUGGUGUGCAAGAAGUGCGAAAAGAAAACCUCGACGGUCGCCACGGCGGAUCCCUCCAGGCCGGCAGGCGCGACUCGCGUCAUUGGCGAGAACAAGCUGCUGACUGCUCGUGCUCGCGCGGCACCGUACGCCAAACCGGGCCAGAACAAGGGCAAGGUCAACACGUACGGCAACAAGUGUAUUGACUGCAAGCAAUCUGUGCAGCAAAACAACGCUACACGAUGCCAAAAGUGCGCGUACAAGACGGGUCUCUGUGCCAUCUGCGGUAACAUGGUCCUGAAUACAAAGCGUUAUAAACAAUCUUCAAAGUAA